CAAAUCACACGUAGAAAACAGCCGGCAAGGACAGCUAGACCCACGAGGCGCUGCCGCCACUCCACAGCAUCCUCUGCACCCCCGCCCGCACAGGCGCACAUGCUCCCCGGCGGACUGCGGCGCCGUGGACCAGCCAACCAGCCAGCCGCGAGCCGUCCACGGCAUCUCAAGCCCCCUCCCCCCCUCGCCCAGCCGCGCCGCGCGUAAUAAAACCCCAAUCAUCCAUCCAUCCAUCCGUCCCACGCCAGCUCCUUGGCCCUUAUCGUUGAUUCGUCGUCGUUCUCGUGCCGUCUCGGCCAGCGCGGCGACGUUUUUCGUCCCCACGCCCACCUUUUUUACGCCCCCGUUGCUAGCUGCGUUUGCCACUCGUCCCAGUCCCACACUCCACCGUCCCGUCUCCUCUGCCUCUGCCCGCGCCUCGUCGCUUCCGUCCACUCCUCCUCCACCUCUCCCUGACUCUCUCACGCACCAUUGCUCCUCGAGCGGUGGAUCUGGGCGAGCGGCGGCCGGCGUCGUCUCGCGUCCCCGGCGGCUCCGAUCUGCCUGGCCGAUCGGAUGGGACUCGGGAGCGAGGCGAUGGGGCGAGCUCCGGAGCGCGGCCGGGGCGGGGUGCUCCUGCAGGUGCUGGCGCUGGUCGCAUUGGCGGCGCCGCGGCUCGUGUGCGCGGUCACCGACGCAGCUGACGUCUCUGCCAUAAAUGGAUUAUACGUUGCACUGGGAUCACCAACUCUUCCUGGAUGGACUGGAAAUGGUGGAGAUCCCUGUGGUGAGCUUUGGCAGGGUGUUGUGUGUACCGGCUCUAGUAUAACUGGAAUAACCAUGAAUUCUGCAAACUUGGGAGGACAGCUGGGCAGUUUAGGGAACUUCACUUCGAUCACCACUAUAAUGCUUAGUAACAAUAAUAUUGGUGGAACCAUACCAGAAUACCUACCUGUUACAUUGCAGAAUUUUUUCCUCUCUGCUAAUCAACUCACUGGAAGCAUCCCGAGUUCAUUGUCAGAACUCAAAAAUUUAGCAGCCAUGUCACUCAAUGGCAACCAUCUAAAUGGAGAACUACCAGACGCUUUUGAUUCACUCAGUGGACUUGUAAAUUUGGAUAUUUCUUCGAACAACUUGACUGGCGUGUUACCACCUUCAUUCAAAAGCUUGGCAUCUUUGACUACAUUGCACAUGCAAGACAAUCAACUGUCUGGGACCCUUAACGUCUUGCAGGAUCUCCCCCUGAAAGACUUGAAUAUAGAGAAUAAUCUAUUUUCUGGACCCAUGCCUGCAAAUUUACUCAACAUACCGAACUUCAAAAAGGAUGGGAAUCCAUUCAAUACCAGCAUAGCCCCAUCUGCAUCACCGCCUUCACCAUCAACUGGACCAGCACCAACUCCAACACCAGCAGGACCAAAACCAGCUCCAACUCCAGCAUCAACACCUACUGGAUCAAAUUCAACACCAACACCAACACCUCCAUCAUCCCCUUCAAGAGCUCCUCCACCCUCUAAAACAAAUUCAAGCUCUUCUGAUGGAUCAACUGCCCGAGACAGCACUUUGUCAUCUACGAAACACAAUUCAUCGACCCUUAAGAUUGUUGGAUUUGUUCUUCUUGGAGUAGUGCUGUUCAUAAUUAUAGUCCUUCUGAUAAUAUUUUGUCUAUCCAAGUACGAAGAGAGACAGUCAAGAUAUGAUCAUAAUAGAAGUCAGCUGGGAAGGGUGCAUCAUAGGGUUGAACCCCAAAUCAAGCCAUCACCAGUGCAACAAAGGGAUGCUGUUAAAAAGGAUGCUGUUAAAAAGGGUCCAGGUGAGGCUCUUGAUAGGAGGGGUCGCGAGCUAAGUUCAGCAGCAGCAGCAGCAGCUCUCCCUAAGAAGUCUCCUGAAAACCAAAAGGAACACAUAAUUAAUUUCGAUCGAACAGAUUCAGAUCUUUUUUCAGUUGCUCCACCACCCCCUCCACCUCCACCGCCGCUACUCCCAACUGAAAAAGUUGUUGUGAAUCCCAUUGUUCCUCCGGAAAAGAGAUAUAGUCCUCCACAAAGGACAAGUUCCCCAACUUCUGCCACACCAUUCUCUGUUGCAUCUCUUCAGCAAUAUACAAGCAGUUUCAGGGAGGAGAAUUUGAUAAGAGAGAGUAGAUUAGGAAAGGUAUACCUGGCAGAGCUUCCUGACGGCAAGUUAUUGGAAGUUAUGAAAAUUGACAAUGCUAAUGGAAGAAUAUCAGUAGAUGACUUCCUAGGACAGGUCGAAAGUAUCUCAGACAUCAAGCAUCCUAACAUCCUUGAGUUAGUUGGAUAUUGUGCUGAAUAUGGACAGAGGUUACUCGUAUACAACCACUUUAGCAGAAAAACACUAGAUGACGCACUUCAUGAUGGAGAGGACACUGACAGUGCACUAUCAUGGAGUGCUCGCCUUCAGGUUGCUCUUAGUUCAGGAAAAGCAAUAGAGUAUCUCCAUGAAAGCUUCCAACCUCCAAUUGUGCAUCAGAAUUUUGAACCAGCUAAUGUGCUUCUUGAUAGUAAAUUCUCUGUGUGUGUUGCUGAAUGUGGACUGGCGGAACUGAUGCUGUCAAGUUCUGUCACUCAGCUGUCAGGUCGGAUGCGUGCAUUACUGAAUUAUGAAGCACCUGAAUUCCAGGAAUCCGGGAUCAUUACGGAACGGGGUGAUAUUUACAGCUUUGGUGUAGUGAUGUUAGAACUUCUUACCGGGCGUAAACCAUAUGAUAGGUCACGCCCACGUGCUGAGCAAUAUCUUGUUAGAUGGGCCAGUUCUCAGCUUCAUGACAUUGAAUCAUUGUCCAAGAUGGUGGACCCAUCUAUACUAGGACAGUGUUCUGAGAAAGCAUUGUCACGAUUUGCUGACAUAAUUAGCCGCUGUAUCCAGCGGGAGCCAGAAUUCAGGCCGCCAAUGUCUGAAAUUGUCCAAGAUCUAGCUAGAAUUGUAAAUGCUACUGGUGAGGAGUUAGAGUAACAAACAAAUCAUGGAGGACACAAACCUCGUGCACCAAGUUGCGUGCUGUAAAUUUUGGGGAUGAUAAUUCUUUUGCCAUAUUCUGAGGAGAAUCUUGUUUAGAUCUAUUUUCCUCGGAGAGCAUCGCGUGUCAAAUUGGAGCCUCAUUUACACAUGAAAGGAGGGUGGAGGUGCAACCAUUGUGCACCUGGUUGUUAAUGAUCAAAUCAAUGUAUUUUUGCAGACAUGAUAUUAUAGCCUCUGAAUUCUUGUAACUAAUAUUCAGGAAUUCAUUAAAAUUGUUACUUUAAAGCUA